GAGCGUGUCACUCGCGCGCUCCCUCUGGGCACAGAGGAUGUGCUGAAUGGUGCGUUUCGAGGCGGCGGCCAAGCAGGAUCCGGCGGCGGGUGGCUCGCACUGCCGGGCUCUGUUCCUUCGCGUCUUCUGAGGCAGCACAGAUACCGCGGGCUCUCGACCCUGCGUCCCGCCCGGGGCAUGGCCGGCUGCUGCGCCCUCGCGCGUCCCGCUUGUUGAGCGGUGCCGGCCAGAGGUGCGGAGGCCAAGAGGCCGGGAGGCCGGCGGGCAGCGGAGCCCAGAGCCUGCUGAGCCGAAAGCCGAGCCCGCCCGUGCCCGGAGCUCCGUUCCUCAUCCCCGCUGCGCUCGCCCGGGCUGCCCGGAACCCCGAUGAGCCCAGAUGGCUGGGGCACAGCCCGGAGUGCACGCCUUGCAACUCAAGCCAGUGUGCGUGUCCGACAGCCUCAAGAAGGGCACCAAAUUCGUCAAGUGGGAUGAUGAUUCCACUAUUGUUUCUCCAAUUAUUUUGAGGACUGAUCCUCAGGGAUUUUUCUUUUACUGGACAGAUCAAAACAAGGAGACAGAGCUGUUAGACCUCAGCCUUGUCAAGGAUGCCAGGUGUGGGAAACAUGCCAAAGCUCCCAAGGACCCCAAGUUACGUGAACUCCUGGAUGUUGGGAACAUUGGGCACCUGGAGCAGCGCAUGAUAACGGUGGUGUAUGGACCUGACCUGGUGAACAUCUCUCACUUGAAUCUCGUGGCUUUCCAAGAGGAGGUGGCCAAGGAAUGGACAAGUGAAGUUUUCAGUUUGGCAACAAAUCUGCUGGCUCAAAACAUGUCCAGAGACGCAUUUCUGGAGAAAGCAUAUACCAAGCUCAAGCUUCAGGUCACUCCGGAAGGGCGCAUUCCUCUCAAAAACAUCUACCGAUUGUUUUCAGCAGACCGGAAGCGAGUUGAAACUGCACUAGAGGCUUGUAGUCUUCCAUCUUCAAGGAAUGAUUCCAUACCUCAAGAGGAUUUCACUCCAGAUGUAUACAGAGUUUUCCUGAACAACCUUUGUCCCCGACCUGAAAUCGAUAACAUCUUUUCUGAAUUUGGUGCCAAAAGCAAACCGUACCUUACCGUCGAGCAGAUGAUGGACUUCAUCAACUUUAAGCAGAGAGAUCCCCGGCUCAAUGAAAUACUUUACCCACCUCUGAAGCAAGAGCAGGUCCAAGUGUUGAUUGAGAAGUAUGAGCCCAACAGCAGCCUCGCCAAGAAAGGGCAGAUGUCAGUGGAUGGAUUCAUGCGCUACCUGAGCGGAGAAGAAAAUGGAGUCGUUUCACCUGAGAAACUGGAUUUGAACGAAGACAUGUCUCAGCCCCUGUCUCACUAUUUCAUCAAUUCCUCACACAACACCUACCUCACAGCUGGCCAGUUGGCUGGGAACUCCUCUGUAGAGAUGUAUCGCCAGGUGCUUCUGUCUGGAUGUCGCUGCGUGGAGCUGGACUGCUGGAAGGGAAGGACCGCAGAGGAAGAGCCCGUCAUCACCCAUGGAUUCACCAUGACAACAGAAAUAUCCUUCAAGGAAGUCAUAGAAGCCAUCGCAGAGUGUGCGUUCAAGACGUCACCUUUUCCCAUCCUCCUGUCCUUUGAGAACCAUGUGGAUUCCCCAAAGCAGCAAGCCAAGAUGGCUGAGUAUUGCCGAUUAAUCUUUGGUGAUGCCCUCCUUAUGGAGCCACUGGAAAAAUACCCACUGGAAUCUGGGGUACCUCUUCCGAGCCCUAUGGAUUUAAUGUAUAAAAUCUUGGUGAAAAACAAGAAGAAAUCGCACAAAUCGUCGGAGGGAAGUGGUAAAAAGAAGCUCUCUGAGCAAGCCUCCAACACGUACAGUGACUCCUCCAGCGUGUUCGAGCCCUCGUCUCCAGGAGCUGGAGAAGCGGAUACGGAGAGCGACGAUGACGACGACGAUGACGACUGUAAAAAGUCUUCCAUGGAUGAGGGGACUGCCGGCAGUGAGGCCAUGGCCACAGAAGAGAUGUCUAACCUCGUGAACUAUAUUCAACCUGUCAAGUUUGAGUCCUUUGAAAUUUCAAAAAAGAGAAAUAAAAGCUUUGAAAUGUCUUCCUUCGUGGAAACCAAAGGACUUGAGCAACUUACAAAGUCUCCAGUGGAAUUUGUAGAAUACAACAAGAUGCAACUUAGCAGGAUCUAUCCCAAAGGAACACGCGUGGACUCCUCCAACUACAUGCCCCAGCUCUUCUGGAAUGCUGGCUGCCAGAUGGUGGCACUCAAUUUCCAGACCGUGGACCUGGCUAUGCAGAUCAAUAUGGGCAUGUAUGAGUACAAUGGGAAGAGCGGCUACAGGCUAAAGCCAGAGUUCAUGAGGAGGCCGGACAAGCAUUUUGAUCCAUUUACUGAAGGAAUUGUAGAUGGGAUAGUGGCCAACACUCUAUCCGUUAAGAUUAUUUCAGGCCAGUUUCUUUCUGAUAAGAAGGUUGGGACUUACGUGGAGGUGGAUAUGUUUGGUUUACCUGUGGACACAAGGAGAAAGGCUUUUAAAACCAAGACAUCCCAGGGAAAUGCUGUGAAUCCUGUCUGGGAGGAAGAACCUAUUGUGUUUAAAAAGGUAGUUCUGCCUUCUCUGGCAUGUUUGAGGAUAGCAGCAUAUGAAGAAGGAGGUAAAUUUAUUGGCCACCGGAUCUUGCCUGUGCAGGCUAUUCGGCCAGGCUAUCACUAUGUCUCCCUGCGGAAUGAGAGGAACCAGCCCCUGAUGCUGCCAGCUGUCUUUGUCUACAUAGAAGUCAAAGACUAUGUGCCAGACACAUAUGCAGAUGUCAUCGAAGCUCUGUCAAACCCAAUUCGGUAUGUCAACCUGAUGGAGCAGAGAGCGAAGCAGCUGGCCGCAUUGACGCUGGAGGAUGAAGAGGAAGUCAAGAAGGAGGCUGAGCCUGGGGAAACGUCAUCAGAGGCGCCGAGUGAAGCCAGGACAACGCCUGCAGAAAAUGGGGUGAAUCACACAACAUCCCUUGCCCCCAAACCACCUUCCCAAGCUCCACACAGCCAGCCAGCUCCAGGUUCUGUUAAGGCGCCCGCCAAAACAGAAGAUCUGGUCCAGAGUGUCUUAACAGAAGUAGAGGCGCAAACCAUUGAAGAGCUCAAGCAACAGAAAUCGUUCGUGAAACUUCAAAAGAAGCACUACAAAGAAAUGAAAGACCUGGUCAAGAGACACCACAAGAAAACCGCCGAGCUCCUCAAGGAGCACACCACCAAGUACAAUGAGAUUCAGAAUGACUACCUGAGGAGGAGAGCAGCCUUGGAAAAGUCUGCCAAGAAGGACAGCAAGAAAAAAUCUGAACCCAGCAGCCCUGACCAUGGCUCAUCAGCCAUUGAGCAAGACCUCGCUGCCCUGGAUGCAGAAAUGACCCAGAAGUUAAUAGACUUGAAGGACAAGCAGCAGCAGCAGCUGCUCAACCUCCGGCAAGAACAGUAUUACAGCGAGAAGUACCAGAAGCGAGAACACAUUAAGCUGCUUAUUCAGAAGUUGACAGAUGUUGCCGAGGAGUGUCAGAACAACCAGCUCAAGAAGCUCAAGGAGAUCUGCGAGAAAGAGAAGAAGGAGUUAAAGAAGAAAAUGGAUAAGAAGAGGCAGGAGAAGAUAACGGAAGCCAAGUCCAAAGACAAAAGCCAGAUGGAAGAGGAGAAGACAGAGAUGAUCCGGUCGUACAUCCAGGAGGUGGUGCAGUACAUCAAGAGGUUAGAGGAAGCACAAAGUAAAAGACAAGAAAAGCUUGUGGAGAAACACAAGGAGAUCCGCCAGCAGAUCCUAGAGGAGAAGCCCAAGCUGCAGAUGGAGCUGGAGCAAGAAUACCAAGACAAGUUCAAAAGACUGCCCCUGGAGAUUCUGGAGUUUGUACAGGAGGCCAUGAAAGGGAAGAUCAGUGAAGACAGCAAUCACGGUUCCGCCCCUCCCUCCCUGGCCUCAGACCCUGGAAAGGUGAACCACAGGUCUCCCUCCAGUGAGGAAGUGGAAGUUGAGAACCCAGGAAAGGAGUUUGAUACUUCUCUGUGAUGUUCCUGCCAGGCCUUCCAGAUAUGCACGACUGCUUGAACUCCAUCAGACUCUAAUGACAAAGAUCACUGCCCAGGGCCAUCUUCCUGAGAAGCAUCCCUUAGCCUGAAAUCCACACCCAAGUGAGAGUUCCAGAAGGAUCUGUGUGGAGGUCCCAUACCCCAGUUCCAUGUGUCAUGUGGAAACUAUUGCAGUCUAGAGAGAAGGGUGCAUGUAUGCAGGAUUUUUCUUUUCUUUCCAAUAGUAAAUUAAAACCAGGCAGCUCCCAGGCUCCAUGAAACAUAAUGAAGGACAAUGUCUUCUUUGAAGAAAACUUGAGGUCAUGUCUUCAUUUCAAGUCCCAGUGUAAAGUAUUUCAAAGUAAUAGACAUAGUUUGAGAAGUGCAUAGCACCAUUUAACACUAUGGAACAUCCAACUUUGACCAUUGUUUCCCUAACGGCCCCGCAAUUCCUUGUUUUCCAUGUUUUCAAGUUAACAUGUAUAUUAAAUUGUUUCAUCUUUUGCUUUGCAAGCACUGGUGGCUUGCAGUUUGCUAAUUUAUUUAUACAGAAGCAUCUGUGUUUGCUAUUGACAUGGCUUUAUUAGAUACCAUAAUGACUCUUAUAUAGUUUCUUUUAUAAAAAAAAAUCACUUGACUAUAUCAUUGUCCAGUGAAGCCAUUUCACUACUAUCAAUAUGGGUUGUAUAUUUGGCUGUACACCUUUGGGUAUCUAUUGGUUGUUGUCCCAAAAUGAUGAAAAAGCUACAACGGGUCUGUUGCGUUGAGGAAGAGUUGGACUGACGUGUAUUAAUCAGAAUUUCAGCUAGACUGAACAGGUUCCAGUGGGUUGUUUCGUUGUCAGAUAUUUUUUGUGGUUCAUUUAUUUUUACUGUAGAAAGGAAGAUAGAAUAUUUAUCUAAAUGCACAUGUAUAAUGAUACACAUUAUCUCCAUGUAUAUAUUACAUGUAUGCACCCAACCAUAUAAGUGCACACACACACAUACAUACGCAUGAGUGUACUUGUGUGUUUAUUAAUUGGCAGUGACCCAAAUCUCUUCCAUAAGAUUUAAAAGCAAGUUCAGGGAUACAUGGACAGAAGAAAUGGGUCAAAUAUAUAUGUUACAUGGAUAUUAAAUUAUAUGGAAAUGCUAAGAGUCAGUUUAUGGAGUCCUUGAUGCAACUUGAGGUAGACUUAGAAUUUAGAAUGUAAAUUUGCUAAAAAAUUUUGUAGGAUCAAAAUUGGAUUUUAAGUAUCAGAUUUUGAGGUUGUUUUAAUGGUCAGAAUAUGCAAAAUACUUAGGAAAUAAGAGUACAAAUGUAUUACUCCUAUCUUAAAUAAAUUUAAACUGAUUAAUUUCCAUUUUAUUCUGAUAGUAAUAAAGCUUUGGUUAUAUUUUAGUUUGUAUACUUAC